AUGCCAGGAGCCCUUAGUAGCGUCCUUGCUCUACAUGUUCAGCGUGUUGGUUUCGUUUCUAAGGCGUGCCUGCUGUGUUUUGAAGUCUUCCCGUUGUCCUUGUUGACGUUGUAUGCUUGGAAGCCACGGCGGUACGAAGACUGGUACGAUGCCGAUGGUGGAUGGGGACGCGAAAAGGAAGGAGAAGUUGUCACCGUGGGUCGCCUUGCUGGAGAAGGCGACUGGGCUGAAAACUAUGCAUUCAUUCGCGACAGUUCUUGUAGAGUCAAGGUUGAGAAUUCCAAGCUGGAAGAAAUCACGAAAAGUGCAAAGUCUGCUCCCAGCACUGCAAGCUGUACGAAAGAAACGAAAGAAGAUACGAAGGAUAUCAAUUUUCCAAAAAGGAUUAGCUCCAAAGAAGCGUCGGGCGUCAGAGCGCGACAUGACACGACUGAGCUGGUCCGCUGGAAUUCUUUUUGUGACUUGAAGCGAGUGUGGUGA